AUGUCGGGGGAACGACCUUCUACACCCCCGCGGCAAAAUGCGAGCGGGCCAGGCCAACUUCCUCGCGGUCCCCUCACUCCAGAGCAAAAGCGGCAGAUUGAGGUCAACCGCAUGAAAGCCAAGGCUCUCCGAGAACAACGCGAAACCGAUUCAGCUAAAAGUUCCGUUGCAGCCCCCACCCAAGGAGUCAAACGUUCCCACAAUUCCAUGACAGCCGCCAAUGCCCCCGCCACUUUACGCGAUGCGCGCUCCAAUGCAUCCUCGUCAGAUCGACCUCUCGAUUCGAUCCAGCCGGCCCGGAACUUCACGCGAUAUGUCGAGUACGACUUCAGCAAGAUGACGGACACGAAGGGUGGUUUCUUGACGCAGGAAGAUGAUCCUUUCAAUAAGCAACUACAUGCAUCUGAAGAAAGGGACAAUAAGCCAGCCAAUAUGACACAGAAGGAAUGGGAACGUCACCAACUACUGCAAACGCUACGCCGGAAUCGAGAGGGGCCAUUUGAGCCAGGUUUGAGCGUGUUGGAUGACAAGAGUCAGCAAAAAACCUGUCGGGAAUGUGGCAGUCUAGAAAUUGACUGGAAGUGGGAGGAGAUGCUUCAUUGCUGCAUCUGCCAUGCUUGUAAGGAUAAAUUCCCCGAGAAGUACAGUCUUCUUACAAAAACGGAGGCAAAGGAGGAUUAUCUUUUGACAGAUCCUGAGCUACGGGACGAGGAACUACUCCCUCGGCUAGAGAAGCCCAAUCCACAUAAAUCCACGUGGAACAACAUGAUGUUAUACCUCCGCUACCAGGUUGAAGAAUACGCAUUUUCCUCCAAAAAGUGGGGCUCGACUGAGGCUCUUGAUGCAGAGUUUGAGCGGCGCGAGGAGGACAAGAAGAAACGACGAGAAGCCAAGUUCAAGACCAAGCUGCAAGAUCUUAAGAAACGGACCCGUGUGGAGGCUUAUCGGCGGAAUCGCCAGGGAGCUUCUGGAGGUCAGUUCGGCGAUGAUCUGGCCAGCAACCGGAAACAUGUGCACCAGUGGGGGCGAUUGGUGGAGAAUCCAGAGACAGGUAUCGGAGUCAAGACAUGCGUUGACUGCGGUAUGGAGGUGGAAGAAUUAGAAUUCUAG